AUCUUCAUCUCUUUAGCCGCUUCAAGUUCAAUCUCUCUCUUUUCCAAGAGCUACUUUUUUCUUUUUUCUUUUCUGGUGACCAAUCACAGUCGUUGAUCACAUCACAGGUCUAGAUGUGUGUGUAUAUAUAGUCUGCAUACAUAUAUAUACACACACAUUUAAUCCUGGAUUACCCAAAACCCCUUUGAAAGUUUACCUCUUUUCUCUUAACAAGUUUUAGUUUUUUCUCUCCAACCCUUUUGUUGGUUAAGAUGGUUUUGAUGAUAUAUUGUAGUGAAGCUGGUUUCUAGGCGUUUUGUCUAGUCCGUGUGCUUCCUCUUCGAUUACCAUUCUCCGGUAAAUGGGCUGCUUUAGUUCUAAGGUGAAAAAGCAGUUUCGUGGACACGAAGAUCCUACAGUCCUUGCGUCACAAACAGCGUUUAGUGUUAGUGAAGUAGAAGCAUUGUUUGAGCUGUUCAAGAGUAUUAGUAGUUCGGUAAUUGAUGAUGGGCUGAUAAGCAAGGAAGAAUUUCAGUUGGCUUUAUUCAAGAACAGAAAGAAAGAAAACCUCUUUGCAAAUCAGAUUUUUAGUCUCUUUGAUGUGAAGCAAAAAGGGCUCAUUGACUUUGGUGAUUUCGUGAGGGGACUUCAUGUCUUCCACCCCAAUGCCCCGCAAGAAGAGAAGGUCAAUUUUUCGUUUAGGCUAUAUGAUCUAGAUGGCACAGGGUUCAUUGAGAGGGAAGAGGUUAAACAAAUGUUGAUUGCACUUUUAUGUGAGUCUGAGAUGAAGUUGGCUGAUGACACCAUAGAGGCUAUACUUGAUAAGACUUUUGUUGAAGCAGACUCAAAUCAGGAUGGAAAGAUUGACAAAUCUGAAUGGCAGAUUUUUGUGGGCCGAAAUCCUUCACUACUAAAGAUAAUGACACUUCCCUAUCUAAGGGAUAUUACUACUACUUUUCCUAGUUUCGUGUUCCAUUCUGAAGUUGAUGAAGUUGCUACAUAACACUAGGAUUAUUCUUUUUCUUUUUGUCUAGCUUAUUAGAUGUAUGGAAUGUUUUUUCGAGUUUUGGUUUAUUUAGAGUACAGGAAAUUUGAGCUGAUGAUAAUGCUAAGUGUAUCACGUCGGGUGAGGAGGACGCGAGCCUCCUACUGCAAAGUGAUUUUAUCAUUGCCAAGCCUGCCGAUAGAUAGUGUGCAGGAUAGCGAGGUCACUAUUAGAUGUGUUAUCGUGCACUUUUUAUCUAUCUGUCCCUUUACAAGAUGAUUGUAAUGCAUGUGUUAUUAAAGGUUGUCUUUUGUGCAUUGGAACGAUACAGAGAA